GUCUGUCAGGGCAGUUGUCAGUGUUUGGGAUGAUGUGAGGAGUGUCGGGGAGAACAGCUCAAGUGUUCCGCAUCGGUUAGUCCCCGGGAAGAGGAAGGCGUGGUCCGCCAGAGCAGGAGCGUCCUGCGGGGCUCAGUCUCGGAGCUCUGGAACCGGCUGUAGUUGGGAGUUAUCUCUCUCUGUGCCUCUUUUUCUCUUCUCUCCUCCUCUUCUCCCCUCCCCUCCUGCUACUACUACCGCUGCUCUGAGCGCUCGGCUGCUCAGCUAGGUCACUAACUACUUUCUCACGAGUUGUUUUUAAGUUUAAUAAAACACUCAGUGAACGCGCGGCUGUGGGACUCAUGCGGGCGAGGCCGCGGAGGGUGGCCGGGGGUGCGCUGCUGUAAUGCGGCUCCAGUAGCUGGAGAGGUGCUGGCUGGAGUGGAGUCGCGGUGUGUAGCUGAGGAGUAGCUGAACUUACUUGUCUGGGGACUGACUGCGGGUCGCUGUGGCUCCGAAUCGAUGGUCAUCCUCUUCUUCACCCUCUUCCUCGGCUGCACGGUGCCUGCUGCCUCUUCUGUACAGCCCUGGGAGUAAAGGAGCUGCAGUUAAACGGGACUCAGAGAGGAGAGGAGGAGCAGUUUGAGGAGCGAGGACGAGUUAAGAUGUCAACCAGAACACCACUGCCUACUGUCAACGAGAGGGACACCGAAAAUCACACCUCACACAGUGAUGGGCGGAAUGAGGCUGCCACGCGGGCCAGCCGCACCGGAGCACGCUGCAGGAACUCCAUCGCCUCCUGUGCCGACGAGCAGCCACAUAUCGGCAACUACCGGCUGCUCAAGACCAUCGGCAAGGGCAACUUCGCCAAGGUCAAACUGGCGAGACACAUUCUCACAGGGCGAGAGGUGGCCAUAAAAAUUAUCGAUAAGACGCAGCUUAAUCCUACCAGCCUCCAAAAGCUCUUCCGGGAAGUAAGAAUAAUGAAGAUUCUAAACCAUCCAAAUAUUGUAAAGCUGUUUGAGGUCAUAGAAACAGAGAAAACCCUUUAUCUGGUGAUGGAAUAUGCCAGUGGAGGGGAGGUUUUUGACUACCUCGUAGCGCAUGGUCGAAUGAAGGAGAAGGAGGCCAGAGCUAAAUUUAGACAGAUUGUAUCAGCUGUACAGUACUGCCAUCAAAAACACAUCGUGCACAGAGACCUCAAGGCAGAGAACUUGCUGCUAGAUGCAGAUAUGAACAUUAAGAUAGCAGACUUUGGCUUCAGUAAUGAAUUUACGUUGGGCAACAAGUUGGACACAUUCUGUGGCAGUCCGCCAUAUGCAGCCCCGGAGCUCUUUCAGGGCAAGAAGUACGAUGGACCUGAAGUAGACGUCUGGAGCCUGGGAGUCAUCCUCUACACGCUGGUCAGCGGCUCGCUGCCCUUUGAUGGCCAGAACUUAAAGGAGCUGCGGGAACGAGUGUUGAGGGGGAAGUAUCGUAUCCCCUUUUACAUGUCCACCGACUGCGAAAACCUCCUCAAGCGCUUCCUGGUGCUCAACCCAUCCAAGCGGGGCACACUUGAGGUGAGAGAAGACGGCGAAAAUCAAAUUAUGAAGGACCGAUGGAUCAAUGCUGGCUUUGAGGAGGAUGAACUCAAGCCUUUUGUGGAACCAGAGCUUGACAUCUCGGACCAGAAGAGAAUAGACAUAAUGGUGGGGAUGGGUUAUUCUCGUGAGGAAAUCCAUGAGUCUCUGACCAGAAUGAAGUACGAUGAGAUCACCGCCACUUACCUGCUACUAGGAAGGAAGCCCUCAGAGUUGGAGGCCAGUGACUCGAGCUCCAGCAGUAACCUGUCUCUGGCCAAAGCUAGACCAAACAGUGAGCACAAUAACGGCCAGUCACCGUCUCACCUUAAAGUCCAGAGGAGCAUCUCCAACCAGAAACAGCGGCGUUACAGUGACCAGGCUGGUCCAGCCAUUCCUGCAACAGCUUACCCUAAAAGAAGCCAAACCACCACACCUGAUGGUGAGCACAAAGAGGAGAGCACUGCUCAGCCACGCAAGUCUAACUCUUCUGGUAGCCGUGGCAUGGCCCCGGCUAGCCCCCUGCUGGGCAACGCCAACAACCCAAACAAGGCCGACAUUCCUGACCGCAAGAAGGGCUCUACCACUCCUGGGGGUAAUUCUGUGUCUGGCGGGAUGACCAGGAGAAACACGUACGUCUGUAGUGAUCGUAGUGCUGGGGACCGCCACGCUGUCAUCCAGAACGGCAAAGAAAACAGCCUGAACGAGAUGUCAGCGUGUGCUGCCACGAGUCCGACAUCGUACACCGCAGCCCUCACUGCCUCGUCCGCCUCGGUCCGCCUGAGGCACCAGAAGGCCAUGGCACUUUCCGCUUCGGGCCACACCUGCCGCUCUGCUCUGCCCCCUAGUGAAGGCGCUGCUGAGUUCUUCAGGCCUAAUACGACUACAGCCUCUGGCCAGCGAAACCCCGGAGCCUCCACCCACAGCAUCAGCAGCGCCACACCGCCUGACCGCUUACGUUUCCCACGAGGCACAGCCAGUCGUAGUACCUUCCAUGGAGGCCAGUUGAGGGAGCGACGUACAGCCACCUACAACGGACCACCUGCCUCCCCCACCCUGUCCCACGAUGCAACACCCCUGUCCCAGUCACGCAGCAGGGGCUCCACAAAUCUCUUCACCAAGCUCACCUCCAAACUCACACGCAGAAACAUGUCAUUCAGAUUUACCAAAAGACUUCCAACAGAGUUUGAGAGAAAUGGGAGAUAUGAGGGCUCAAGUCGUAACAUGUCUGGGGAUCAGAAGGAGGAUCAUAGAGACACCAAACCGCGCUCGCUGCGCUUCACCUGGAGCAUGAAGACCACGUCGGCCAUGGAGCCCACCGACAUGAUGCGCGAGAUCCGCAAGGUGCUGGACGCCAACAACUGUGACUACGAGCAGCGUGAGCGCUUCCUGCUCCUCUGUGUCCACGGUGACGGCCAUGCCGAGAGCCUGGUCCAGUGGGAGAUGGAGGUGUGCAAGCUGCCCCGCCUCUCACUUAACGGCGUGCGCUUCAAGCGGAUAUCGGGAACAUCCAUCGCAUUCAAGAACAUCGCUUCAAAAAUCGCCAACGAGUUAAAGCUGUAAAAGGAAAAAAAAGUAUAUAUGUAUCUGGAGUCAAAAAUGUGAAAAAGAAUCAAACGUGGCAAAAGGACAAAGGCACACAAAACUACUAUAAUCAAGUUGUACAUUCUUUUCAUUUUUUUAUUUUGUUGACAAAAAAGUAGCAGAUUCAAGGAUUGUUCUGUCAAACACUCACAAAAGUAUGUAAUGAAAAUAAUGUAUAGAAUCAUGCCUUAGGCAAUAAUGUCCUGCGUUGAAGCAUUAUUAUUUUAAUUAUUAUUAUUUUUAUUUUUUAUUAUUGAUUGGAGCAACUGGUGGUCUAAAGAUAUUUGAACAGAAGGCGUUAUUAUUUUUAUUUUCGUUCAUGCACUACUGCAUUAGUAUCCCUAUAAGCCUAAAGUUUAACCCCCUUGACGUAAAACACACGGGCAUGACAGGAAGUCAGUGUGUUUCUCUUUAGAAUUACCCUGGUCUCUUUUUGAUGCCAGGCAAACCAGUCGGCCACAGUAUUGUGUAUUGUGUUUUAGAUAGGAUUAUUAUUUGCCCUCUUGCCCCUGCGCUCCUCAACGCUCAUCUAGGGAAGAUUCACCUUCUCCCCUAAUUAACUCCUUCACCUCAACUCUCCUGUACCCCCACCAGUAUAACGAGGCAGGAAGUGACUGGGACCUAAAGUGUUGUGCUCUUCUUUGUUCUACUUGAUGCACAGGACCUGGCGGGCUUCAUCACUGGUGCCAUGGAAACGACUCGCAUGCAUAGCUUAGUGCAGUCACACAAAGGGGGAGCAGACAGUCAACGCACUUCAAUAAAAAAAGAAAAGAGAAACACCCUCUCAUGGCUUCACUGCUGCAAUGGGGUGUGGGACUUUGAGUCUAAUGAUUUUGUAAUAAAGAAAAAAAUAGACUUGCUGAGAUCAGGACUAUUUUCCUUCCUGGUCCAUUUGAGUAUUUAGUCUGUUUUUUUGCCUCGUUUUUGUAACAGAUAUCAAAUGUUACUAAAAUGUUGUUUGUACUCUGACAAGGCGGAGACAGCCCACAACAGAGUCGGAUCGCCAAGUCGUUCUGGGACAUACUUCAAAAAUACAAGUUGUCAUUUUCAGGCCUCAGUGUUCACUUCCAUCCCUAAGAAACAAUGGCACUGUUUUCAUUUUUGUUUUUGGAAUGUAAAUAAUGUACUUUAGUUUUGCAACCGCUACGUAUUGAUAUACUUCCUCUUUUUCUUUUCUAAGUCUGGCUGUGAGUCGGAAAACCAUGGAAAUUAAUGUACUCAUCACAGGUUAAGGUUAAUCAGUGUCUCCAUUAAAACAUGCUAAAACUA